CAAUUAAUCCCGGAAAUGCCUCGUUUUGAAAUCAAAGAUGUCUGCGCCCAUGGCCAAAACAUGUCGUUUUAAACUAUUUUAAGAUUUACGUCUUUACAUACGUCAAAUAAACAUGUCACUCUUUGCCGUUGAAAGGUACCUUGGAGAUGAAUCAGAAGAAGAUGUUAAUAAGAACCAAGCGUCAGAUAUUCUAGAAAAGUUGCAAAAAGAGGCAAAAGCUAGGAGAAAGAGUCUAAAGAAAAAAAAUGACACAAACGAUGUUAAUAAUGUUACUACAGUGACCAUAUCAGAAGAAAGUGAAAAUGAACAUGAGGAAUUUCAUGAACAGAAAAAACAAAAGAAGAAAAAGAAAGCUAAAGAAAAAGGAAAGGACAAAGAAUUAGAAAUAUCUUUAGAAAUUCAACUUGAGGAGAAUGAUGACUUAAAUAUUGUGAAAAAGAAAAAGAAGAAGAAAAGGAAACAUAGUGAUACAGGUAUUGCAAAUGGUAGUGUUGGUACUGAUGAAACAGAGUAUGACACACCUUUGAAGAAAGGAAAACUUGGAGAAGAAACAGAACAAGUUGAGAGUGAAACUAACAAACAUGUUAAGCACAAAAAACAUAAAAAACAAAAGCACAAACAUGGUUCAGAUCUUGAUGAAGAGGGAGAUGCAAUAGUUAAUGAUAUGGACAUAGAUGUAGAAAAGAACAUUGCUGAAAAUGAUAUUACUGAGGUUGACGAGAAAGUGGAUUCUGAAGAUGAAGUUGAUAAAGAUGAAGUUGACAAACGGCCAUAUGUGGGAACAGAAAAAGAGACAGAGAUUGGAGGUUUUACUGUCAUUGGAAACGUUCGUCCUGCUCGAUUAGAAAAGGUGAAGCGUGUAUUACCAGAAUGGUUGUCAAGUCCAAGUAUUAUAUCCUCAGAUUUGGGCUCAGAUAAAUUACCUAUCUCAGACAUGCCAGGCCUAGCACAAGAUCUAGUAGAAAAGCUGAAGGAAAAUAAAAUUACCCAUUUCUUUCCAGUCCAGAGACAUGUAAUUCCUGCCUUACUGGAGUCCAGCAGUACAGGUUUUCAUAUAGGCAGAGCAGGGUACCGACCAAGUGACAUCUGUGUAUCCGCACCAACAGGAAGCGGAAAAACAUUAGCUUUUGUUCUACCAAUUAUUCAGGGACUGAGGUCAAGAGUAACAUGCGAAGUUCGAGCCCUAGCAGUGUUGCCAGUGAGAGACCUAGCAACCCAGGUAUUCAAAGUCUUCCAGACCUACUGUGAAGGUACAGAUCUGAAGGUUGGUUUGAUGAUUGGUCAGAAGACAUUGCUUGCAGAACAACAGUCACUCGUCAAGAAAAGGUUACAAGGAUAUCACAGUAUGGUUGAUAUAAUUGUUGCAACCCCUGGCCGUCUUGUUGACCAUAUUAAUCAAACAGAAGGCUUCAAUCUGGGACAUCUUCGAUACCUGGUGAUAGAUGAAGCUGACAGAAUGAUGGAGGAGAUAAAACAAGAUUGGUUGAUCCAGGUAGAGAACUCCGUGUAUAGAUGUCGUCCCCGGCCGGGACCUCUUACCGCGUCUUAUUGUCAGAGGAUGGAAAUGCCAUUACAGAAACUUCUAUACUCCGCAACUUUGUCACAGAAUCCUGAAAAACUUCAACAGCUGAGUCUGUUCCAGCCAAAGUUGUUUACAUCUGUUGUCAAAACUGGAAUAAAACCAUCACAGUCUAAAACAUUCAACGAAAGACAGGACAGUGGAGAUAAACUGGCAAAGAGAUCUGUUGAUAAGGAAUCUGACAAUGAUGCUGAUUUAGAGAGUGACUCAGAAACAAAUAAUGUUGACAAUAAACCUGAGGGUGAUGCAAAUAGCAUUGAAAAUAGCAAGACUGUCGAGAAACCUGGUGACUUUGUGGGUAAAUACGCAACCCCAUCUAGCUUAUCAGAAUAUUACAUAGAAACGACAAGUGGUGAAAAACCAUUGAUUAUACUACAUCUUCUUCAUCAUCUUAAGUAUAGAAACAUCCUUUGCUUCACAAAUUCUGUAGAGUCAACACACAGGUUGUUUAUGUUAAUCAAGUUAUAUGGAGGGAUUGAGGUCAAAGAAUUCUCCUCUAGUAUACAUGUAGCACGCAGAAAUGCUAUAUUGAAGAAAUUUGAGGCUGGCAAAAUUGAUAUCCUUGUGUGCUCAGAUGCCAUGGCUAGAGGAAUGGACAUAACAACAGUGAAAUAUGUAAUAUCUUAUGACCCACCCUCAUACAUACAGACUUACAUACAUCGUAUUGGUAGGACAGCUAGAGCUGGCAAGGAAGGGUCUGCAUUUACUCUAUUACAAAAGAAAGAGUUUUUCCACUUUAAGAAGAUGGUAAGAGAAGCCGGUAAAGGUACAUUACGACCUUUGAAAAUCUCUAAAGAUGAUGUUAAACCAUUACUUCCAAAAUAUGAAGAAACAUUAAAACAGCUCAGUGAUACUAUAAAG